UUGAAGGGGGUUAGGGUCUUUAGAGAGCAAAGAGUGAAGAACACCGUCAUUUUCCUCUACUUGCUCUGCAUCUAAGUUCAGCUCCAUCAGCGUGAAUGGGGGACUCGAAACGCUGGACGGUGACCUACACAAAACACAUUAAGCAGAAACGCAAGGUGUAUCAAGAUGGAUUCCUAGAGUUCCACACUUCCACCAGCAAGGUUUCUCUGUACGAUGAGUGCGAGAAAUUGUUGGAGUGUCGACUCUUGAAAAACGAUGAAACUGUAAUUUCUGGUGAAUCGUUAGUUUUAAACGGUUACCUUGUGGAAAUAGGCGAUCAGGAGGGAGACAAAAAGCCUGAAUGUGAUUUGAAUGUUGAUAGGAGAAGCAGGAGUUUUUCAAGAUUCAGGACUCCUGACUGUUCAAAACAUACAAGAAUGAAUGAGAAGGAGAACGUCGGACGUGUGCGGAGACCUCUCAGUCCGUCACAAAAAGUUAUCAGAGAAUUUAAGAGGAGAGAACUGGUUAAGUAUGGAUCACCAAAGAUCAGUCAGCAGGCACAAAAUCCUAGUAUUGAAGAGUGGCAUGUUUUAUACACCACACAAGUGACUCAAAAGGCAAAGAAGUACCAUGAUGGUUUUUUACGAUUAGUUCUUCGUGGAUCCUGUGGGGCACAGAUUACGCUGUUUGACACAAGUAAGAAAGUCUUAGAUAGCAGAUUCCUGAAGAAAGAUGAUGUAAUAAAACCCGGUGAAUCAAUUGCGUUUGAUUCAUAUUUGAUUGACAUUGGUGAGCAUCAAGGUGGUUGCUCACCAGAUUCCAAAGUUCCUGGAGACAAAUUUACUAAUGUUGAGGGAACGCAGACGGACAUACAGAAAACUUAUCUCCAAACUGAUACCCAUGUAACUGUUGAAAAAAGGGAUAUCUUUCCUUUCAAUUUAGCAUGGCGGGUCCUGUACACUACCGAGUUAACUAAAAAAGCCAAGAAGUACCAUGAUGGUUUUUUACACAUUGAACUUUGUGGAUCAUAUGGAAAGCAGGUUGUUCUAUAUGAUUUGAACAAAAGACCUUUACAACGCCGGUUCCUAAAGAAAGAUGAAAUUAUAAUGACAGGUGAAUCGGUGUAUUUUGAUGGACAUUUUGUUGAAGUAGGAGAACCUGAAGGAAGUCAUCACUCUCCGGCGAAGUUAAGUGAAGGAGGGAAUGGUGAUAAUGUUGAGAGGAGAGGACAUGGGCAAAAUGGCUACCGCAAGGUCAAUCCAUCUUCUGCUAAAGGAAAACCUCCGAGUGAACUCUGUCUGGGGAAAGGAUCUGGAUUGGAUUGUCUGGUUACCGAACGAGAAGAUAUAAAACCAAACAGGAUAACCCCACCAAUCAAGCCUUUACGUGAUGCCGAUCAAAUACUGGCCAUUUUACAGAAUCCUAACCUGAAGCCUCGGGAGAGUUAUGUAACAGGAGGCCAAUCGCCCAAUGGGGGUCAAAAUAUUGGGGACAACGUAUCAGCUACUGUUGCUAAAUCCUGUCAAAAUUUCGGGGAUAAGGAAUCAGCUGCGGCUGCGAAAUCAUGUCAAAAUAUUGGGGAUAAGGAAUCAGCUUCGACGAAAUCCCUUGAUAUUACAUUGUCUGGAGCAGCAUGUAGCGGUGACAGUUUCCAAUCUACCGAGAAUGUCAAAUUGUCCCACCAGCCCUCUCAGAAGGAUGCCCAGACAAAUACGAAUGAGAAGGAUUCUGGUUAUCAAUCUUGCUUCAUUACCAAUGAAGAAAAGAGUGAUGAGGAGUUUUCGUGUGAAAGGGAAACAAUCCCAAGUUUUGAACUUGGAUUUUAACCGGUAAUGCAUCUUCAAGGCAUGCUAUGCUUAAUGUCCGCAUUACUUCAGGUAAGUCGUAGACAUCUAUAUUCUUGCUGCAACCCUCGGGUAGUUGGGUAUGUCUUUUACUAAGGAAAGUAUUGAGUAUGUCAUGUUGGGUCUAUUGCAUGCAUUAUUAUUAUUUUCACAUGCCAUGUUAUAUAUCUCCUGUUUUUUUAUCCUGGACAUAUUAGCUUUGUUAUCUAUGUAGUAUAUUCAUUGCAAAAGUUCAAUCUGACGAAUGUGUUGAAUGAAACCGAGUUCAAAUGAGAAAUUUUUAGAUUCACAACAAAACUAUUUUAAAGGUUGAAGUUAAAGCAAAGAUUCCAACUACACUUGUAUAA